UCCACGGGCUAAACGAUACUGACCCAAGUCUAACAUUCGAGUGAAAACCUUCAGCCCUCCGAAAUGACUAGAUUCAAAAUCCUGGCGUAGCCGGGCGCCAUCCGCAACCGAACCACCGAGCGCGUAUUGGACGCCACCGCGACACAUCGCAUCGACCAGCAUGACGAACUGUUUCACGCAUGGCCACCGGCUGCCCCGCACCACGUCCGAGUGGGACGCGGCGAUGGUCUGGUACCUGCAGCACACCGACGACAAGGUGAACCCGGGCCCGCCGCCGCCGCCGCCGCCCACCGUCGAGCAGGAGUGGAGCGACACGCUGCACAAGCUGCGCACCAUCAACUUCAGCUGUCGCUACCCGAGCAUGGACCAGGGGCCCUCGUACAAGGCCGUCACCGACCCGCCGUUCACCGAAACCACCGAGAAACGGAUCCAGUUCGGCGACAAGUUCAAACACCCGCUGUACGAGCCGACCGAACCGCACGUGGCCAAGGAGCACCCGGUGACGGGCGUCAUCCCGCGCCUCUUCGCGCCGCCGUACCGGCCGCUGCCGGGCGCGCCGGCCGACAAGGUGGCCUUCUACGAGCGGUACGAGGCGGCUCGCCGGCGCUGGGAGGGCCACCAGCCUGGCGCCGACGUCGAGACGCCCGGCCACACCGUGUUCCACUGACGGCGGGCGGUCGCCGGCGCCGCCGCCGGGCCUCCGGUGCCGGAUCAGAGUUCUGAGGCCCGGGGUCGCCGUGCAGCGGCGGCUGUGGCGGCGCCCAGACCGACGAGCGGGGUUCGACGCGAGCCGACGGAGGACCGCAGGAGGCGCCGUGGCGCUCACGUCCCCCACUGACACAGCUACUGAGCCCCGACCGGCCGGAUCAGGCAACGGACAAGCGGCAUAUGGACCAGCUUAUUAGUGGCGCUGGCGGGCUGUCCAGCUCCAGCGGACGGACCGAUAGACCAGCCAACACACUUAAUGGCAAGGGGAACAGGCUGCCACGAAACGGAAAGUUAUCAUACAAAGCUAUUUUUCGAGCAAGCCGAUCGUGCUAACAUUUCAGAAACAGCCGCACUUACGUCUCAAAAAAGCAAGCGCAAUAAAACUGUCCAUCGUCCCGCUCAUUA